AUGGCAGAAGUCGCACCAGCACCCGCCGCCGCCCGCGCGGCAAAGGCACCCAAGAAGAAGGCAGCAGCCAAGGCCAAGAAAGCGGGACCCAGCGUAGGCGAGCUCAUCGUCAAGGCUGUGACCGCUUCCAAGGAGAGGAGCGGCGUGUCCCUGGCCGCACUCAAGAAGACGCUGGCGGCAGGCGGCUACGACGUGGAGAAGAACAACUCCCGCGUCAAGAUCGCAGUCAAGAGCCUCGUCACCAAGGGUACCCUGGUCCAGACCAAGGGCACCGGUGCAUCCGGUUCCUUCAAGCUCAACAAGAAAGCCGUCGAGGCGAAGAAGCCCGCCAAGAAAGCCGCAGUCCCCAAAGUAAAGAAGGUGGCCGCCAAGAAGCCCGCCGCGGAAGAAGCCCAAGAAGGUAGCAGCCAAGAAGGCCGUCGCCGCAAAGAAGUCCCCAAGAAGGCCAAGAAGCCCGCUACACCCAAAAAGGCCGCCAAGAGCCCCAAGAAGGUGAAAAAGCCCGCCGCAGCGGUCAAGAAGGCAGCCAAGAGCCCCAAGAAGAAAGCGCAUUGA